UUAAUACAAGAGUCCCUUACUAAAUUGUUUUUACUUUCUUUACAGAUAAAAACAGCUUAUGUCUAAAUCCAACAUUUCUAAGGAAUAAAUGGAUAAUAGAAACAAUGUGACUGAAUUUAUUCUACUGGGUCUUACAGAUAAUCCAAAGAUGCAGAAAAUUUUUUUCAUUGUGUUUUUGAUCAUAUAUGCUAUCACAAUGGUUGGUAACACACUCAUUGUCAUCACCAUUAUCAUUGACCCAACUAUGGAUUCCCCUAUGUACUUUUUCCUUGCCUACUUGUCCUUUAUAGAUGCCUGCUAUUCAUCUGCUAAUGCACCCAAACUCAUUACAGACUCAUUAUAUGAAAAGAAACUCAUUUCCUUCAAUGGUUGCAUGACACAAGUCUUUGGUGAAUACUUCUUUGGAGGUGCUGAGGUCAUCCUGCUCACAGUAAUGGCCUAUGACCGCUAUGUGGCAAUUUGCAAGCUUCUGCACUACAUGACCAUCAUGAAUCGGAGGGUGCGUGGCAUCUUGAUGGUUGUGGUCUGGAUAGGAGGCCUACUCCAUGCAACUAUACAGAUGCUCUUCCUGAUCCAAUUACCCUUUUGUGGUCCCAAUGUUAUAGAUCACUUCAUGUGUGACUUAAAUCCUUUGCUUAAUCUUGCCUGCACUGACACUCAUACCCUUGGUCUAUUUGUUGCAGCCAAUAGUGGUUUAAUUUGCUUAUUAAACUUUCUUUUAUUAAUGGGCUCCUAUGUGGUCAUCUUGAGCUCUCUGAAGACUCUUAGUAUGGAGGGGAGACGCAAGGCCCUUUCCACUUGUGGUUCCCACAUCACCGUAGUUGUUUUAUUCUUUGUCCCUUGUAUUUUUGUCUACAUGAGGCCUGCAACAACCUUUCCCAUUGAUAAAGCUGUUGCAGUGUUUUACACAAUGAUAACACCUAUGUUAAACCCUUUAAUCUACACACUGAGAAAUGCCCAAAUGAAAAAUGCUAUCAGGAAGUUAUGCAGAAAAAAGGAGACUUUGGUUAACCAGUAA